AUGACGUCCUUCGUGGAGUUUCCCGCUGUCACCAUCUGCAACAGAUGCACCCUCAACAAAACUCGUCUUGAUGUUUACCCUGAGGUGGAAAAGUAUUUCUUUAAUACUUCUCAAGAACUGAUCAGAAAUCUGUCAUUUUCUGAACCAACUUCAGAUUUGUUUCUCAAACCAUUGUCGUUAGAAUGGUGGAGGAAUGUUUCCAUGGACGGAGACGAAAUGUUCGUGACCUGUUCCUAUGGUGGUGUAGAUUUUGACUGCAUGAGCAGGUUCAGACCUGUUUUUACCACUAAGGGAUUGUGCCAUACCUUCAACUUCAAUGACACUGAAAUUGUCAAAGCGUGGACGGCAGGUGACGAUGCUAACCUCGUCCUCAUUUUCAACAUCAACCAGAACGACUACACAUACAGGGCUAACAUGGCUGCGGGGAUAAAGGUGCUGCUUCACAAUCCUCGACUACACCCAGACGCUAGCCCCACCGUCGUGAUGGCCUCACCCGGAUUCUCAACAUACGUUGCCUUGCGAAAAGAGGAGUUUAUGUUCCUGCCCAGCCCCUACAAGGCAUUUGGUAGUGGGGAAUGUAUAGACACAACCAAUCCCAACUUUGUGAAUCCUCUCAAGUACUACUCCCCCUUCUCUUACGACCAUUGCUUCAUGGAGUGUGUCCGAGUCAAGGCUUUCAAUGAGUGUGGAUGUGUCGGCCCAUCAGAUCCACGUAAGUUUGGAGCUCAUCUGUUACAUAUGCAUGAGGAGAAAGUAUAG